AUGGCGCCCGCUUCGCGUCGCGAGCUCCUACACAAGGAUCACUUUGCAUUCGUUUUUGGAAGCGUGAAGACUCAAAACUACUUAGAUCCUGUUUCCAAAGGACCAGGCUCUCACACGAUUCGCACUCUUGCUUGGAACCCAACGGGCCAGCUGAUUGCCACUGGCUCAGCAGAUCGCACUCUACGAAUCUGGAACCCUGAACGUCCUAAUGUACGAUACUCCACCGAAUUGCGUGGUCACACAGCUGGUAUCGAGAAGGCUCUUUUCAACCCAGUCCGCGACGCGGAGCUAGCCAGUUGCUCGGCCGAUGGUACGGUGCGCUUCUGGGAUGUGCGCUCCAAAACAUGUGUGAGCCGUCUAGAUGUCGGCGGCGAAGCAUUUACACUCUCCUGGUCUGCUGAUGGCAGCACAAUGAUCGUCGGCAAGAAGGACGACACCUUAAUCCCCGUCUCCGUUCAAUUCCCCUCUUCUCCUACCACCCAUCCUGAUGGCGCAAAUGCUCUUAACCUCCCCUCCUCUACACCCGGCGCAACCACAUACACAGCUCUCGACCCUCACCCUCAAACCGUCCAAACAAAUGCGACAACCUUCUCCUGGUGCAUGCCGACACCUGAACGUCCGGGGCAGCAAAUAUUCGUGACGACUGGCGAAGGCAAGGUCAAGAUCAUGUCCUACCCUUCCUUCGAUAUCAUGCACACUCUCAACGCCCACACCUCGGCCUGCCUUUCAAUUGCGCUCGCGCCGACAGGCCGAUACCUCGCAGUCGGUGGGAGCGAUGCUCUCAUCUCCCUCUGGGAUACAACCGACUGGAUCUGUCGUCGCACUUUGUCCAGCGAGAAUGGUGGUGCUAUUCGUGGCGUGAGCUGGAGCUUCGAUGGCCGCUACAUUGUAGGCGCAUGCGACGAGCUUGGAUGUGGUGGGAAUGGACUGGAGAUCUUCCACGCGGAGUCUGGUGAUAGUAUUUACACGAUUCCUACUGCCGGCAUCAAUGCCGGUGUCUCUGCUGUUGCGUGGCAUCCAUCUCGCUACUGGCUAGCUUACUCGACUACCACUGAUGGACCUGGUAGCUCCAGCGCUGGAGGCUUGAAGAUUGUCGGUGCUGCUGGUGGUGGCUUGUAA